AUGGCUAAAAAGGUAUCUAAGAGAAGUCGUGCGGCCAGAAGAGGUUAUUUAGAAGACGAUGUGGAUGAAGGACGGGAUUUGGCAAAGUUGCCCAAGGCUGAAAAUGAUGUCAAAUCGUCUAUCAUCCGUACCACUAUUAAGAAUGAAAACUUGUUAGCGAAGAAGAUGGAGAAUCUGAAGAUCCGUAAAGAUCGUAACAAGAAGAAAACCAACACUCUUAAGCAUAAAGUUGACAGAUCUUCUAAAGUUGAAGGUGUCCUUGCUGGUAAGAUUACCCAAAGUAUAGAACGUCAUAAAUAUGUUCAAACUACACGUAAAUCGGGCUGGGAUAAGAUUAAUGGAUCUAUUUCUGUGACCAAUGCAUUGAUAGAAGCAAGCGUUCCCAAGACUGCAGCUGAAAUCGAGAAAGAGGAAGAAGAUGCAUAUGUUGCAAGUUUCUUUGAUGGGGAUAAUAUAAAAGGUAAAACUAAGGCCAUGGCACCUAAUAAUUCAUUCGCCUUAUUGGAAGAAGAGGAAGCUUAG